GGGGCCAUGGGCUCGGGCGCGGCCGGCGGGCCGGGCUAUGGCGCUCCGCUCUGUCCGUGCCCGUCCCCGCCGCCGCCCCCCGCGCCGCGCUGCUCGCGGGGAACCCGCCGCCUCUCCGAAACCGGGGCCGGGACGCGGCGGAGCGAGGGCGCGGCGGGGCGCGGGGGGCUGCGGGCCGCCGCCUCGCUGCCGCACAUCGCGCGGGGCCGCGGGGAGGAGGGCGGCGGGCGGCGCAGCCCCUGCCUGCUCGUGGCGCUGCGGCCGCGGAACGUGGAGGCGGAGCGGGAGCGGUUCUUCCGCGCCAGCUUCGCCUACGACCCGCAGUUCGAGUACGCGGAGCCCGUGCCCGCCGCCGUCCUGGACAAAUACGGGGCCGCCUCCGACCGCUUCGUGGCUCAGGCCAUCAGGAUCAUUCGUACUGUCCUGGAGAAGUACGGGACCUACGAGAGCUUUGAGGUCGCCACGGGCGGGAGGCUGCUGAGCAAGUGCCAGAUCUGGUCCGUGAUCCGAAAGUACAUGCAGAAGGAAGGCUGUGUGGGAGAGGUGGUGGUGCAGCUCACCGAUGACCUGCUGUCCCAAGCAGUGAUGAUGGUGGAGGACAGCCGGCCCACGCUGGCCAUCAACCUGGCCGGAGCCCGGCAGCACUGGCUGGAGGGGAUGCUGCGCCACGAGAUAGGCACCCACUACAUCCGGGGGGUCAACAACACCCGCCAGCCCUGGCACAGCUCCGAGGGCCGCAAGCAGUACAGCCUGAAGCCUGCCAACCCCACGGAGGAAGGCUUGGCCAGCCUGCACAGCGUCCUGUUCCGCAAGCAGCCCUUCCUGUGGCGGGCAGCCCUGCUCUACUACACCAUCGAGCGGGCCAGCCGCCUCUCCUUCUCUGCCCUCUUCCAGGACCUGGAGCAGUACGUGCAGGAUGCUGGUGUCCGGUGGGAGUACUGUGUGCGGGCAAAGCGGGGCCAGACAGACACCUCACAGCCAGGCUGUUUCAGUAAGGACCAGGUGUACCUGGAUGGGAUUCUCCGCAUCCUGCGCCAUCGGCAGACCAUUGACUUCCCACUGCUGGCUGCACUAGGAAAGGUCUCCUAUGAAGAUGUGAAUCGACUAAAGAAAUUUGGGGUCCUGGAGAAGGCCCGCAUCCCCCAUUUCAUGCAGGAUCUGGAGCGGUACAUGAAGCAGCUGGAUCAUAUUGUCACCACCAAUGGCCUGAAUGAGGAGGAGUUGGAGCAGCUGCUGCCUGACUGAGGGGCACCCCCUGAAGCAGCA